UAGUGGUGUCGUGUUUUAUUCACAACUUGUGAGAGUCACUGUCCCAAAUGAUUUCUCCUGUUGUUGACGAGAUGUUGGGUUUACACCCCAUUUUGAGCACGCUAACGAUAUUCCUUCUAUCCUUAGAUCUCCAUUUUCAUGGAAUUCAUGGUGCUAGUAAAGAAGAUGUGGAGCGCCACCUACAGAUGGGAAAGAAACUACUCGCAGCCGGACAGUUAGCAGAUGCUCUGCAUCAUUAUCAUCAAGCAAUAGAGGGUGAUCCCAAAAACUAUAUGUCUUACUUCCAACGGGCCACAGUGUAUUUAGCGAUAGGAAAGUCAAAGUCUGCGUUGCCUGAUCUCGACCAUGUUUUAGAACUCAAACCAGAUUUCAGCACGGCCCGGCAACAAAGAGCCAGCAUAUUAUUGAAGCAGGGAAGAUUAAAAGAGGCAGCAAAGGACUAUGCCGAUUUGGUAAAACACGAUCCUUCCAAUCAAGAAGCACAGCGACAAUUAGAUUUAAUAGGACCGCUGCAAGAUGACAUUGAAGACGCCAAAGAAAUGGUCGAGAAUAACAAUCAUGUGGGUGCGAUUGAACUGCUAUCAAAAGCAAUUGAGCAUUCACCUUGGGAUGUCGACCUUCGAGAACUACGAGCAGAAUGUUACAUCAACAUUGGUGACUAUUUCAAAGCCAUCCACGACAUCAAGCCGACAACAAAACUGAUCAGCGAUAAUACAGGGGCUUAUCUGAAGAUAAGCCAACUUUACUACCAAAUGGGGGAGGCAGAAGAUUCCUUGAACGAAAUCCGAGAAUGUCUCAAACUUGACCAGGACCAUCCAAAAUGUUUCAAGCAUUAUAAGAAAGUGAAGAAGUUAGUAAAACAGAUGCAGUCUACGAGUACCUUCAUCCAAGAGGGACAAUAUGACGAGUGUAUCUCAAAAGUAGACGCCAUGCUCAAGACAGAACCAGAUGUGGAAGUUUACAGACGGAAAGCCAACGGCUAUUAUUGUCACUGCCAUUCUGCGGGUGGAAAUUUCGAAAAAGCCUUAAAGAUCUGCAGCAAAAUUAUCGAAAAUGAUGAAAACAAUAUUGAUGCACUCUGUGAUAGGGCGGAAGCCUACCUGGCCAACGAUAUGCUGGAUGAUGGUAUGAACGACUACCAACAGGCCCACAAUAUAGAUCAAAACAAUCGUCGAGCCGAGGAAGGUUUACAGAAAGCCCAAAAGUUAAAGAAGCAGGCGGGAAAAAGAGAUUAUUAUAAAAUUUUAGGAGUUCGAAGAAACGCCAACAAACAACAAAUAAUGAAAGCUUAUAGGAAAUUAGCCGUCAAGUGGCAUCCAGAUAAAUAUGAUGGCGAAGAUAAAAAGAAAGCAGAAAAAAUGUUUAUAGAUAUAGCAUCCGCUAAAGAAGUUUUAACGGAUCCUGAAAAACGUCAAAAAUUUGAUCAGGGUGAGGAUCCGUUAGACCCAGAAGCACAAGCAAGAGGCGGCGAUCCAUUCUUCCAUCAGGGCUUCAACCCCUUCGGCGGUGGGGGAUUCCAGUUUAAAUUCCACUUCAACUAAUUAGUAACAGACAGACAUUUUCGUUAGAGACAGACUUCUAUUUUUGGGUUGGGUGUUGUUGGUUACAGAUGGAGUGCGGAGAGCAGGUGCUAUUUGGGACACAUGCCUUAAAGAGGAUGGCGUUCCCACAAGCUGAUAAGGAAAAGCCGUUCCUCAACAAGAUGUGGGAGUGAGGGAUUUCACUGAAAGUUAUUGAGGGCGAUGUGCUUGUCACUCACUGUAUGUGAGGGAUGAGUUUCUCCACAUGCAGUUUAUUGUACUUCCUACAGUACAAUCAUUCGCACGGCGGACAGUUUAAGACAUCUUAAGUUGCAAACUUAUGGACGAACAUUCAAUUGAAUAUUUGAUGAAAUAGUAGGUUUACGAAUCUUUGAUAUAUGUUUUUGAAUCUGUAACGGACCGGCAUUCUGUCCCAUAGUUAUGCAAGUCGAUAUGACUAAUACUGAUUUGCAUUUUCUUGUUGGUUUGUGGGUAGGAUGUCCUAUUAUAUCAGAAAUUUCAGUUUUGGUUGUAACGUGCACUGGGUAAGGUGGUUCCAAGCAAGCUCAUACAUUUAUACCCCUUUUACUUGAGUUGCUGUACAUUUUCAUCAAAAUGAGACAAGAUUUUUAUCUGCUAUUAAGAAGCGUACAGAUAUUCCCAAUGGAAAGUACCAGAGUCCCAAGCCUCAGCAGGAAAUCGGACACAGUUAUGUAUUGUAUUAGAUUUCAUAACUUUUGCAGUUAAGUUCAACUUGAGCGUAGUUUGAAUCUAGCAUUUUGACAACUCCAUUACAGUAAUUUCAAUCAAAUACGAUAGAAUUUCCUGACAACACCUUUUUAGUCUUGAUUUCAGCUUUCUCCUGAAGAGUACAAUUGUACAUUUUUUGUAAAUAAAUUUGUAUAUUCUUGUAAAUUAAAGAAUUACUGCUGUUUA